AUGACUGGAGUUUUUCAAAGAAUCAAGAUGAAGUCUAAGCAUAAGAGUCUCUCACCUUUGACCAAUGUUGUUCGUAAACCGCAGGUUUCGCAUCAAGGAGUCAUUUUUCGUGAGAUUACUGCCCAUGUAUCACCAUCUUCUAAGAAGAGAAGGGAAACAGACAUGGCCAAACAUAUUUCAAAGAAGAAGAAGAAAGUUAUAGUGGUUAUUUCAUCAGAAUCUACAGCUGAUGAAAUUGAAACCAUUCCAGAGACACCGGAAGCUGAUCUUCAAAAAGAUGAUCUAAUUCCACCCGAAGUUUCGAUUGCCAAGACAGUUUCUGUGGAGGCACAAACUUCUGACAUUAUUGUAAACAUAUCUAAUAUGGAUGCAAGUGUCACAAUGGGUGAGGAUGCUUCGCAUGUUGCCGACAAAAGUAAUUCUUCAGAUGUUACUCCAGUCACAACUGUUUCUUUCUCUUCACAGGUUACACUUAUCAUUCCAACUACAUCCACAACCGAAUCUCCUUCUUUUGCAACUAUUAUUCAACAACCAUUCACAUCUAUGUUUUCUUCACAAUCAAUUGAUCAACCUACCACUACUUCACCAAUCAAAGAUUCUUCUUUCAUGGAAACAGAACACGAGUCCGAAGUUCAAGAUAUUGAAUACCAAACUCAAUUCAAUUCUUCAGUCUCAAGCAGAUCUUGGGGAGGAAAUUCUGUAACAAGUCUUGAAGUCUAUGGUAUGCUGAAGAUGAUUGGAGGAAGGCUUUCUUCGAAAGUGUCUGGGAUGAUUAAGGAUUCUGAGACUCGUCUUCUCGAGAAAAUUGACAAUUGUGAUAAGAAUAAAGAGUUGAGGGUCAAUGCUCAGAAAUCUACAUUUAAUGGUUAUUUGAAGUCGUUAAAGUCAAUUGUGAAGGAAAGAUAUAUUUUGUUUAUUCAAGAUGUGAAGAAGGUGAGAGAAGAUAUCAAUUAA